CAUUCUGCAAACGACGUUCGGCUCGCGGUGAGCAUGUUCGCGUUUCCUGUCGUCUGCCUGCUCGCCAGGUUGCCACGGUUGCCGAUUGUUCAAGGCGCCAGUUAUGGUUUCCUAGCACCUGUAUUUGCCAUCCUUUCUCUACCAAAAUGGCAGUGUCCUGAUGCUGAAGCUCUAACAUUGAUGACACAGGAUGAGAAAGACAGUAUCUGGUUAUCUCGUAUGAAUGAGAUACAGGGCUGCCUGAUUGUCGCAUCAUUCUUCCAAGUUCUGAUAGGCAUAAGUGGCCUUGUCGGAUUCAUAUUGCGCUUUAUCGGCCCUCUUGCCAUUGUUCCAACCAUCUCACUCAUCGGUCUGUCACUGUUCAGAGUGUCCGCUGGCUUUGCUUCCAAGGAAUGGUGGACAGCUAUAUUAACAAUUGUGCUGAUCACUGUCUUCUCCCAGUACCUGCGCUACGUUGACGUUCCAUGCAUUGGUUACACACGAGGAGUCGGAUUCAAACGGCUGACCCUGCCUAUCUUCAAGCUUUUUCCUGUGAUACUGUCUAUCACGAUUGUUUGGCUGUUGUGUGCUAUCCUAACCGCUUCCGGCGCCCUGCCUGAUAACCCGACAGCUCAUGGCUACUGGUCAAGGACAGACACGAAGCUGGAAGUGCUGAAUACUGCGCCGUGGUUCCGAUUCCCAUACCCAUUUCAGUGGGGCCUUCCCACCGUUAGCACCGCUGGAGUGAUAGGGUUGCUUGCCGGAUUCAUGUCGUCGAUCGUGGAGUCCGUGGGGGAUUACUAUGCCUGCGCUCGCCUCGCCGGGGCCCCUCCACCGCCGAGCCACGCCAUUAACAGGGGAAUGUUUAUGGAAGGACUGGGAUGCAUGAUCGACGGUGUGUGGGGUAGUGCCAGCGGAACCACAUCGUACAGUGAAAACAUCGGUGCGAUUGGCAUAACCAAGGUUGGAAGUCGUAGAGUCAUUCAAGUGGCAGCAGUAGUGAUGAUGCUGUUUGGGACUAUAGGAAAGUUUGGCGCCCUGUUUGUCACUAUACCAGAACCCAUAAUAGGAGGCAUGUUUUGCGUUGUGUUCGGCAUGGUGACAGCCAUAGGCCUGUCUAACCUUCAGUUUGUUGAUCUCAACUCAACCCGCAACCUAUUUAUCCUCGGCUUCUCCAUAAUCUUCGGCUUGGUGUUGCCGACGUGGUUAGGGGAGCACAACGACGUUAUUAAAACAGGUAACAAGGCAUUAAAUCAGAUCAUCACCGUGCUCUGCAGCACUAGCAUGUUUGUCGGCGGGGUGACCGGUUUCGUCCUCGACAACACCGUUCCAGGUACGCUUGCCGAGCGGGGACUUCUGCAAUGGAGAAAGCAAUUGGUGGUAGAGGGCGACACCGAGGAUCGCACGAACGGCUCGACCUACGACUUUCCCUUCGGUAUGAAUCUCGUGCGAAAGGUCUCCUGCUUCCGUUACGUGCCCAUCUGUCCGACGUUCUCGGGCCGCUUGUACUCAAACCUGCUGCCGCAGAUUCUUCGCAAGAGCAACUCUCAGGCGGGAAACGCUCGACAGCAGCCAACAGAGUGCUCGCCGCCACCGGCCGAGUCGUCGUGCGAAAAUCGCGAGAGCUCCCACACGGGUUGACAGGCGCUUAAAGGCCGCUCACGUGAAGUCGACAUUGUUAUGAUGCCAAUGAAGUCAUUAGGGUAGAGAAGGGGCAGAUGUACUUUUCGUCCCUUUCGCAUUUCGCUCGUGGUAAAAUAUGGCGCGAAGGCUUCGUGGCAUAUCCAUUUUUAAAUAGUAGAUGGCAAUUUUGUGUCCACACACACACCUUGUAGAAAUGGAGAUUUUAGCGUAAUCACACUAAUCCUUGCUGAGGCUAGCAGGUAAACUGUGCAUGUCUAUGCUUUCAACACCAUGCAUAUGCUAACAAGUAUAUCACCUUAUACGUGCGCAUUCAAACGUGUUUGUGGUCACCUCUAAAGAACGAACACCUCUCUAGAAAGGACACUGUUUCCCUCCAGUAGCAGUUAUGCAGUGAAAUGGACACCUGUUUUUAAUGAAAUGUUUUAAGGUUUUCUUUGACUGUCCCUAAUAUACAGGUUUGGCCUCAUAUAAUUUCAGAUCAUUUUAAAAUUGUUGGUACAGUAGUUAAAAUGCAAGGCUACAUUAUUAUUUUUAUAUACUUAACAACUUAUUGUUAUAUUUUUAUUAUGUACGGCGAACACGAUGGUAUAAUCUAACAAAGCCUGUUAACUGGUUUCCAAGGGCUUACACAUCCUAGUUCAGCCCUGUAACUAUGCAUAGCUUAGAUGUUCGUAUUAUAUUGGUACUGGUCCACACACGGCUGACAUCCAUGGGUCUUUCAGAAAACAACACUCCCAGUAAAAAUUGGAUGCUUUGAUUUGUAAGACAAUCUGGUUGUAAAAAUCAAUUGAUGGUUUGAUUGUUGUGAUUUGAUAGCAUACUUCUAUGACUGCAUAUAUAGGAUAGAUGAUUAUUAUACCUUGUUUUAUUGUUAAAUGUUUUUACUUGACAUUUAAAAAUUUAUCAUGUUAAUUAAUUUUUUAUCGUGCAAUUCAAUAAUAUUUUAUAUGCUCAGGAUGUCUUUGUUUUUAUUAAUUGAGCCUGGUCUUUAUCUUGCAUAAUAAUGACCAGGUAACCAUCCACCCAGUGGGUGGUGCAAUAUAUCCGCUUGGUUGUAAGUGUCCACAGGCCUUCAUAGUUAAAUUCUUUACACUUGAAGAAAACUUUGUCAAAAUUUUAAACCUGAACUACCGCUAGAACACAUUCGAGUUAAUCAUGUCUUCAAUACCAAAUUAUUUAAUAGCAUAUUUACAAUAUACAAAAAUAUAAGAAUAAAGCGUAGUGAUAUAACACUACUAUGUGAA